CGCACUGCGUAUCUUUCACUCAUGCAAAAACUUUCACUUUUCAAAUUUCACUCAAAAUUUUCUCUUGACCAAAUCUUUUCAAAAUCUAAAAUCUAUCGCCAAUUUUACAAUAUCCAUUCUUUGCUCAUCUUCUUACUUAUCCAGCCAAUUACAUUAUUAAGAUCGGGAUCCGCUCAAUAAAAAAAAUCUGACUUUCACUCUAUAAAUUUCUAGUCAAAAUUUUAACUUAAAAAAUAAUUUCAAAAUCUACUCAGCCAAUUUUCCCAAGUUUCCAUUUCCAUUCUCAUCUUCCUACUUAAUUCAUCAAAUUAAAUCAUUCAGAUCGCUCAUUAAAAAAUAACUAGAUAAUUUUUACCCAAUUUAACUUAAAUUUCAAUUAAGUUUAAAGCCAUUUACGACUUUCACUCCUACUUUCCACACAUUAAAAUCACCACUUUCACUCCCCCCCUAAAAGCUCAAUCUUUCCAAUACGUCGCCAAUUUUCAUCAAAAUUUCCUGAAUCUCAGUCACGCCUUGAUUUCCUUGCUAAGUAAUUUUCUUACUUCCCGUCUGCCAAUUUUUCAUGGGUGAAGACUCCCUCACCUCGACACCCACUUUUUCCUCGUUCCACUCUGGUGGGAGUGGCAGCAAGAUGCGACUCCUCCCCAUUUUCAUCUGCCUCCUCCUCGCCACGGCUGGUUUUAUUUUGGGCUACAUGGUCUACGUCUCCAUCGCUGGGGUCGGGUCGGGAGCGAAGGACUAUUUUCAAAUGAGCCCCAUCACCCGCAACCCCCAAGUGUACAGCCGGACGAAAUACAUCCUCCCACGACCCCCGCUCAUCGGAGAGGGCGACCAGAGUUACGACAAUCUGAACAGGCCACGAAGUGGAAGUGACCCUAAUGACCCCGACAAUGACCAGACCGGACUCCCGGUAAGCUUACUCAGAGUGAAUCAGGAUGUCGGGCGGGAUCCGGAUCUCGAAAGGAAGGUGGAACUUAUCAAAAUGAGGGCGAUUUCAAAAUUGAGAAGGAGUAUUUUAAACGGAGCGAAAGUUAAGGGUCACUUGAACGAGUAUGGCGUUGAUUUUUCCAAAUUGAAACCCAAAUCGCAACGCGUCACUGCAAAAGCGGUUCUUUGUCGCUUGAAGAAAGCGGGGAUUAAGUUGAUUGCGCAGAAUUCGGUGGGGGCCUUUGCGGACAAGGUUUUUCCGACGGAGCCGCUCUUUGGAAAUCGUGAAGGCGACACAUUCUCGGCAUCGGUAGAGCCACAACCGCUGUAUAAAACUUGUGCCGUCAUACCUAACUCGGCCGCGUUCGAUGGUGCCAGACACGGUAUCGAUAUUGAUUCUCACGACUUUAUCAUGCGCUUCAACAACGCACCCACGGCGGGGUACGAAUCCGACGUGGGGAGUUUGACCUCUCUCCGCAUCGUGAACAGCCAGGUCGUCACAAAACCACAAUUCCACUUUCCCCGAAGGCAGAGAAACAGCCCCACAAACAAGGUCAAAGGUCAUCCUAUCAAUACGACUUCAAAAUCAGGCACAGCCUCCGAUGACCGCACUACCCGCGCAGAAUUGGCCGCCAUGGAUGUCGACGCUGUGUGGGAAGCUACUCCUAAAUUUUUAGUCUGGGAUCCCUGCAUGUAUUCGGCUUCUUUGGAUGACUGGGUCAAGAAACCAGAUUUUCCUCUCUUUGAGAAGUACUUCAACCUGACGAAAGAAGAGAGAAAUCGAUUCUACUUGCUCGACUGUAGACUCAUUUGGAAAUUUUGGGAAAUUUUACAGGAAUAUUCGUUCGUAAAAAUUUAUGGGAAUCCUCCCACCUCCGGAUUUAUAGGGAUCAUGCUGAGCCUGCAAGUAUGCGAGCGGGUGAACGUGUACGAGUACAUCCCGUCGGUACGAGAGUCAGCACGAUGUCACUACUACGGACCGCGGAAUGAGUCCAACCCGUCCUGCACGUAUGGCGCUUGGCACCCCGUUUCCGCCGAGAAGCUCUUUUUCCUCUCCUUAUCCGACGGGACGGACAAGGGUGUCUUCAUCGACGGCGUUCUCACACUUCCGGGCAUCUCCACUAUCAAAAGCUGCUAAAGACGGAGAAUCUACGUGGAAAAUACAACAGUCCAAAAUACUCAUUUUCAGAGAUUAACUUUUGUAUCACUGCGAAAAUACAUUCUUUUCGAGAUUUUAAAAAAAAACGUAUUUUUGUGGCUAAAGCCCUGGAAAAAUGGAGGGUACCAAUCCAGGGUCUGAGUGACCAAAUUGUUUGCCAGCAGGACGGUGGCAAUUUUCCUGAUGUGUCCAAACGUUCCUGCCAUCACGCAGAUUAGACAAAAUCCAGUGAGGAUUGGGAUCACAGGAAGAAGAGGUAAAUUUUGUUACUUUGAGGACGUGGUUUGGGGCCAAAGGUUAUGGAGCCGGAAGUCAAGAUUAACCCUGCCCCACAAACUAAUCCUAAGCCGAGCAAACCGGAAAUGUACUUCAGCUCCAAGAAUCAGGAGCAAGAAGAAUAUGAAGCUACACAACUUCCUCAGUCAGGGGACGGUUCGUCAGCACAUGCACAACCACCCUCGUCUAAAUAUGGGUCGUCCUUCUAAAGUUUGGGGUCUUCAAGAAGUAGAAGAAGAAUCAACAAGAGUUAAUAAUCACAAGUCGUUACAUAUAUGUAUACACGAAUAUUUCAUCUACUUUUAACUUUGCUCAGUUUUUAUCAUGUUUUUAUCUUAUUACAAAUUGAUGUUAUUUUAUAUUUUUGUACAAAUAAAUAAAAAUGUACUAUUAUUAUUAAGCAACAUUUAAAUAUAGAAAAUUAUCCGUAGUAUUUAAGUAAAUUAAGCUUUCUUGGUUGAUCACUUACAACUUGUAAGUUACAAGUGUACAUCAUGUAAUUUAUAGGACACGGAUUCAAACCAGGCUGUCUAAUUCCUAUUAAAUACUUUUACAAAUGUGCGUGUUAAUUAGUCCUCUAUGACUCACAACAAUUAUUUUGCUUAUCGCACACAAUAAUCCAAAUUAAAAUUCUCGACAUUUGGUGCAAUACCCUUAUCUUAAUUUAAUUAUCGAGAGCAAACAUGCAUAUGUAAUGUAUAUACCAACUCUCACUUUAUCAGUUAUGUAGUCAAUAAACCAAAACGUUUACAUA